AAGAACGAGACACUCAUCUUUAACGACCUAGAGCUUGCUCAUCCUCUAUGCAUCAAAAAACGAGACACUCUUUAACGACCUAGAGCUUGCUCAUCCUCUAUGUAUCAAAACUACAACCACAAAGAAACCAAGAAAGAUGCCGCUCGUCCCCUCUCUCGCCUGCGCCCAAGUGGCAUCUCUACUGGUGCUACCUACUUGCUCCGCGUUGCUGCUCACCAAAGGCUAUUGGCGAGACUCAAACAAGAAUGGCUACUACCACAACCCUCACCCUACCACAGAGAAGCAAUGGGUGCCUCGAGGACGCAAUACCCAUGAAACAAGUGCAAACGGUGGAUACUAUGAAGACGGAUGGGAUCAGCCAUGGACGUCUUCAGACUACCAUCGGACGUCAUAUAACAACUACAGAGGGCAACAGCACACGUCUUGGGAGCCAUGGAGCGAAGUUGAAAAAAACAACAACAUCAAGAACAACUACCUUGCAUCUUCAAAAACAACUACAGGCUUUUAUACUAAGCCUGAGGAACAACACGAACACCACAGUGUCGAAGAAUUACAACCAACUUCUACUACAACCAAAGUAGGAAAAACCAAAGCAGGGCCCAAACAACAACGUGUAGUCGUCGAUGAGAAUCAUGACGUCGACGAUGGUACUCCAUGGUGGAGAGGUGAUAUGGACAAAGGGGAAAAGGCUACAGAAGCUGAGGCUCAAGAACACAAUGGAGAAGUCCUAGCCAACCAAGUUGUGGUAGCCAACCAAGACCUCACUAAACCUUGGUGGAUGGGUGAUAUCAUGGCUGAACAGGAUACAACUUUCCGACACGAAGAUACAACUUUCCGCUCUGGUCGAACUACCCUUAUGAGAUUGUAAGAUCUUACACUCCCCUCUUGAUUGUCUUCUCGUCCUUAAGAUAAUUCGUCCAUCGAUUCUUCUUUGCUUACUACUAUUCUUGUUAAUAAUCUAAUGUUGUUUACUACCGUUAGGCAACCUAAUAUUUCGAUUAUAAAAAAGACAAUAGAAGGUGCAUCAAUUAUACUGCUAUCAUAAGAUCAUAAGAACUCAUAGAAGUUGUACAACUAGUCCGUUGUUCGCGCUCCGUCUCUUGCUUCUAACAAGGACUACCCGCCAACGCGUGUAAGUACCAGCACAGAAGAGGAAAUAUUGGAUUUCGAGCCUGUUGUCAGUCCUCGGUGCACUACCCCAGACCGUUGCACUACCCCAGAUCCGGACGCCUUUGAACCUAUUGUUGAUGUCGACGCUGAUUGUGAGCCUGUGUCGGACCCUCUGGACGAUGAGGUUGUGGAUUACAUGAAUUCUUGCUGUAAGAAUGACGAGAACUGGGGUGACUGGAAACCAACACAUGUUGGUGCUCCUGCUAUUAAGGGUAGGUUAAAGGUGCUUUUCUUACCGCUUUUUAUGCCUCUCCUAAGGGAGAAAGGCAUAAAAAGCGGGGUAAGCGAGCACCAAAAGCCUACCUCUAAUGCUACGACUAAGAGUAGCACAACAACCGGGACGAAAACACAUGCUCCUGGGACGACUAAGACGGACACUUAUGGCGGUUUUUUUAGUCGCAAUCUCUUAUUGGAAGAUUUUCGUUUUCAAUAAUACUAGUCGCGGACGACCGCAACCGUAAACUCAUGUGUAGUAGGUCAAAUAAGAAGCAUUUAUACAAAUUUUAAUACUACAUCGUCCUCUCCUUCUAAUAGGCGACAACAGUUCAGAGGCUCAUAGAUUUUCUGCGAAGUUUCGACGAAUCCCUUCCUGGGGACAAUUCCAAGAUGUUGCCGGAGCAUAAGCAAGGGGCCGCCAGGAAGUUGACUGUGGAGCGCCAUGUGGGUAAAAUCGAUAUUCCUCCUCAGGGUGAAGGUGCUAAGGGAGAAGGCUCCUCAACGGCAGCUCCGACAGCAGCUCCGACAGCAGCUUCAGCCUCAGACUGGAGAGCAGCAUUGGGAGAUGAUAGGCAGCUGCGUGGGUUUGCUAAAAGUACUUGUUUUUUAUGCUUGGUGUCACUUAUAAGACGUACCCCUGGACUGGGUUUACUACUACUACUACUACUACUACUCUUACUCCUACAUUGUAGGGGUGGUCGGGUCCUUGUAUUUCAAUUUCAUUGAAUGAAGAAGAGCAAAACAUUGGACACACACAACAGCGAAGGAGCAAAUGGAACAGACUUCGAAGGAUCAAGCAGUGACGUAUCCUUCAGACUCACCUUUGAGCGACGAGUACGAUCCGGAUGUCAUGGGUCCGCGGUUGCUUACGAGGCUGUUGGAGGAAGGAGGAUCUGAGAAAACAACUGCGACUGCAACAAUCUUGAAAUCGCCAAUGUUAUGAGAAGGGCUACAACUUCGGAGUAAGUAGUUUUAUUUCCGGACAACUUAGUAAUGAAGAUAAAUUAAUUUUCCACCAGAUAUCUUUAUAACUAGCUAGUAAACCUUAUGCUGUGGUUUUUUUGCUGAUUAGAAUUAGAAUAGUUUCACCGGCUACUUCAAUCUUUCGAGUACUUAUUUGGUAGCAUCACGGGGCACCAUUGGUUCUCUUCUACUAGUACCUGGCUGCUCAACAUCAAGUCUUAGUCGCUAAAUGUUGUGCAGCUUAUCCCCCAUGAGAUACCUCUUGUUUGGUAAAUGAAUCAUUUCUAACAGAAGCAGUCAACGUAGCCCCUGCACCAUCGUUGCGGAGUUUGGCCGCUGCUUCACCAACAGCAUCCCCGUCGCCAACAGCAGAUGGAUGGAGUUCCUACCCUGACGUGCGUCCGCCAAGCGUGACUGGCCCUUCGAGCCCUAUACAACUGCGCGAAGAGUUUUUGGAUGGUACUACUACCAGUUUUAGCAAUGAGAAUAUGUAGUAGGGUUCUACCAGUUUUAGCAAUGCGAAUAUGUAGGGAGGUUCUAAGUACCAGUUUUAGCAAUGCGAAUAUGUAUCAUUCAAUUGAACCUACAACCCCAAACAAAUACAGGUAAGAUGCAUGUCGACGAAGAAGAGGGGGAUUAUGUGAUGGUAGGUUUGAGUCCGAGGGAAGCCACAAGGCGAAAGCCACAAGCCGAAAGGCCAUCCAAGUCGUGGGAGUUGAUUCAUCCGGCUACAGGCGAGAGCUUGAAGUUGAAUUCCACAACUACAGGAGAAUAAUAUUUAUCACAUUUUAGUAAAUUGUACAUGAAUGUGUUAAUACCACUUGUUACCUCUUUAGAAUCCGUAUCACUAACCACUCACCCAAGGAACACAGCAGGCCGCCGCUGCAACUAGAUUUACAAGACAUUGUAGGAGGACAGGGUGAUCAUCAAGAAAAAGAGCAAAAAGAUCAUAUACAUCUGGGUUACUUACCGCUUUUAAUUACAAAUAUGUUACUCGAAGGGGGUUGCAGAAGAUUUCACUGAAACUUCGUGGUGAGAACGAAGGGCAAUCCGUAGGCAACCCAACAUGGAAUGAGAAAAAUCUUGUUUGAAAGAAUAAAGCCUAAGAAGCUAAAUUUAAUCUAUGUUUUUCUUCUAGUUUCUCUUAGAUAUUGUGAAGAUUUGCGGUAAAUCUAAAUCAUAGGGACUCACUUUGAUACUUUUACUUUUACAUACUCGCUGCCAAGAGUUACAUAGAAAUUAGUUACUAGUGAUUCAGUAGAUGAAUUGGUAUAGUAGUUUUUUUUUUUGCUCUUGUUGGUGACGUAGGAGGAGCAUGUUCAUCCUAAGUUAGCCUAAGCUUUCAACCUGUCAGACCAAUACAACAGGUGCAAAAUUGCAGAUGGGCAUCUCAUCUGCUUCUUGAGAAUAUAAUAGGAUUGAGCAUCUUCCACUGACGACACACGAUCAUUGAAGUACUUAUAAAUGUCUGACAAUGCUGCAACGUUUUGGCACGGCCAUCUUUCUGCAAAUCAUCCGCAUUGUACUAGGAGGAGCUGAAUAUGAUCCGACUCAAAGCACGUGGAACAACUGC